AUGAAGAUUCAAAACUUUAUAGUACUUCUGACUAUAACCCUGUUCCAGAUUUUGUUUGGAUUGGACAAAGUUCUUGUUUCAAGCCAAUGUCUCGCUGAUCAAAAAUCUUUGUUGCUCCAGUUCAAGGAUAGUCUCAAUUUCAACUCGACGUUAUCGACCAAGUUGGUCACUUGGAAUCCAAGUACAGAUUGCUGUGACUGGGAAGGUGUGACUUGCAGCAUUAGUAAAAAUUCAGGCCAUGUUAUUGGCCUAGAUGUAAGCUCUGAGUACAUCUCUGGUUGUCAGCUCAACAUUACUUCAAAUAGUCUUUCUGGUCUUCGAUAUUUGGAGAGAUUGAAUCUUGGCUUUAACAACUUCAAUGCUUCAGAGUUUCCUGAGGGGCUUUCAAGCCUCACCAGUUUAUCAUAUUUGAAUCUGUCGACUGCAGGUUUUGGUGGAAAUUUUCCAAGUUCCAUUGCCAAUCUUACUCAACUUGUUUAUUUGGAUUUCUGGACCAACAAUUUUUCUGGUACAAUCUCUUCCACUCACUUUGAAAAUCUUGUUAAUCUGGAAUAUAUCGAUCUAGGAUUGAAUUUGUUAAGUGGAACUAUUCCAUCGAGUUUGUUUGGACUCCCAUCACUACGUAAGCUUUUCCUCUCUUACAAUGAUUUCCAUGGUUCACUGCCAAACUUUACAAACACACAGUCCUCUCAGUUGAAUACAUUUUAUGCAAGUUGGAACAAUUUGAGUGGACCGAUUCCUAUUUCUUUGUUUGAUCUUAAAAGUCUUGGCAGUUCAUCUUUGUCUCACAACCAACUUAGUGGUGAGUUUCAGCUACAAAAGCUCCACAGAUUCAAAAAUCUCACUUAUAUCAACUUCUCAUUCAACAAUCUGUCAGUGGAAUCAAGACACGACAAUUCAAGCAUAUUUUUGCCUCCAUUGCUUAAGGAAUUUAAAAUGGCUUCUUGCAAAAUCCAACAUUUUCCUGAUCUGAGGCACCUCCCAAGUUUGGUCACUGUAGAUCUUGCAGAGAACCAAAUAUCUGGAGAUAUACCAAACUGGAUCUGGAAUGUAGGAAACGGAGGUCUUCAAUACUUGAAUCUUUCUUUAAACCAGUUUGACAAGCUACAAGAGCCUUUUGUCAUUCAUAAUGUAUCUUGGAUUGACUUGCGCUCUAACAAUUUACGCGGGGAUAUACCAGUACCACCAAAUAAUGUUUUAUUUGCAGAUUACUCUGACAAUUUCUUUAACUCAACUAUCCCUACCAAUAUUAACCUCACCUCUGCCAUAUUCUUUUCUGUUUCAAGCAAUUUACUCAGUGGAACCAUCCCUGUCUCAGUUUGCAAUGCUCCUAACAUGAAGUUUCUUGAUUUGUCAAACAACUAUCUUGUUGGUGGUAUACCGUCAUGUGUAUUUGAAUUUGGCCAGACUCUAGGGGUACUGAGACUGGGAAACAACAGUUUGACUGGUAAUAUAUCUGGAAUUUUUCGGAGUGAUUGUGGUAUAGAAACUCUAGAUCUACAUGGAAAUCUCUUGCAAGGGAAGGUACCAGAAUCAUUGGCAAACUGUCUCAAGUUAGAGGUGUUAAACCUUGGGAACAACCAAAUAAGUGAUAGCUUUCCAUGCUUUUUACAAGACUCUCCCCGUCUGCAUGUCCUUGUGCUGCACUCCAACGCAUUCCAUGGGGAAAUCAUGUGUCAAGAGAGAGAUCAAAGCUGGGAAAAUCUUCAGAUUUAUGAUAUAGCCUCUAACUACUUUACUGGAAAUCUGUCACAGAAUUUCCCAGCUUGGAAAGCUAUGAAGGAUGGUAGGAAUGUUGUUAAUAUACUUGGUUUUGAGUUCCAGAGUUUUGGCAACUCAAGGAAGACCUAUGAAGAUGCUGUGACAAUUAGCAUAAAAGGGAAACAAUUGGAGUUGGAGAAGAUCUUAAAUAUCUUUACCUCCAUUGAUAUCUCAAACAAUCAUUUUGAAGGGAAUAUACCACACACAAUAGGCGAGCUUAAAUCACUCGUGUCUCUCAAUUUGUCACUUAAUGCAUUGACAGGCUCAAUCCCAAAAUCCAUUGGGACCCUGAAACUGCUUGAAACUUUAGAUCUUUCGAGAAACAAGCUAACAGGGAAAAUCCCAGUGGAGCUAGGAGAUAUAUCAUUCCUUGAAGUUUUGGACUUGUCAUAUAAUCAACUCACUGGAAAAAUCCCAACAGGCAGCCAAAUUCAGACCUUUCCAGAGAGUUCUUUUGAAGAAAACAAGGGAUUAUGUGGUCCCCCAUUGCAUAAGUGCAGUGGAGUUCCAGUUAUAACAGAAGAUUAUGAUGACGAGGAUCCUGGUAACAACAUAAAAUGGGAGUUUGUUGCGCCAGAAGUUGGCUUCGCUGUCGGCCUAGGCAUUAUCAUACUGCCCCUUAUAUUUAAUAAGAGAUGGAGGUACUUCUAUUAUAAACAUGUUGAUCAAAUUCUUUCCAGGGUUUUUAAAAUGAAACACCCAAGUGAGAAGUUUUCUGAUAGAAUAAGAAGUCGGGGCAGUAGAAUUCAGAGAGAUAGGAGCUGA